AUGUUGUACACUAAGAAGUUAGACGACCCAUCGGAAGAACCAUCGGACCACUCUUGGUUCAAGUGCCCAGAGCUCUUCGUCCCUCAGUGGGUGAUGGGAUACGCCAUAGAGACCCAACGCGUAUCGCGCUGGUCUUGGAUACAGCACGAACAACUCGAAACAUGGCAGCACGGAAAGGAAUCGAGCUUCCAGAUCCUUUCUAUCGACGUCGCAGACGUUGUAGUGCACGAUAAUAAAGUGCAUAGCUUCCAGAUUGGCAUCUCUAUCCUUGAUACUGACCGUCUUGGAGAUGCGUUGGCCAAGCCUCCCAAACCUAAUGUCAACCUAGCAGCCAGCGUCGUGCAGUCUCAUCAUUGGGUAGUUGGGGAUGAAGAAUACUCUCCCGAGUUUGAGGAUAUGUUCCGGUUCGGAAGAAUGAAGUACGUUCCGAUGGAUGCCUUCGAGAAGGAGAUCACCGAUAUCGUCAAGAACAACAGUUUCUACCUCAUCACCCAUGGACGAGAUGAAAGUCUCUCGUUCUUGAGAAGCUGCGGCGUGCGUCUCGAAGCCAUCGGGAAUAUCGACACUUCCCAGGCUGUGCAGGAAGUCUUCCAUGUCCCGACUGGUAAAGUGGGAAGCAAGGACGAUUUGAUUCAGGAAAUAGGAGUCGCACGUGGACCGACAUCCUCAUCGAGGUGGCGUCCCGAUGGAUCAGUGGUCGCUGCUUUUGCAGAGGAUUGUGAACUCAUCGCCAAAGAAGCGGAAGUUGAGACCGAGGAGGUCAUGUCCCCAUAG